AUGGCCCCAUUCAUAUCCAAGCUCUCACUUCUCUGGCGACCUGCCCGCGUGAACGCGGGGAGCACGGCCAAGUCGUCGCGUUGCACGGACAAAUCAGUGCCUUCCGAGCCAAGAGUAUCCCGAAGCUCCACUUCUCCAGCGUCGAUACAACACAUCAGCCUCACCGCAGAUCCGCCAGACGCCGAUUCGAUAGAAGCGUCAGACACGCAAGCUUUGCGCGUGGGCGAGCAAUGCCCGGAUAGUUGCUGCGUCGUCCCUGCCGCCACGCGGGAGAUUCGCAACGAGCCCGCGCACGAGAUAAGCAGCGGCGUGCGCCGCGAGAAUGUCUACAGCAUGACACGCCUGGCUGAUGGAUUAUUCGGCAGCUGUAGCGUGGCGCGAAGGGGUCACACCAUUAGCAUCGGCAGCAACGGCACCCUAACCUUGGAUGUCGUUCAGUCGCUACAGGAUAACGACGACUUCCCGUCGCGUCCUCCUGACACGGCGGAAGCGACAGAGCAGUGCAGUAACCUCGACAAUGAUGUCGACCUCGAGUCGCCGUACCCGACCGCCAUUAUUCACCGCAGCAGCACCGGCGGCAGCAGCUCCGUCGACACAGUCACGUGCGCCGCCGUCACUCCCGCGCUUCCUAUUAAUAAGCCCGCGAACGGCGGAAGUGCGGGCGAUGGUGCGCCGUUAUCCCCGUCGCUGGGCAGCGGUCCGGUAUCGCCGCCGCCCUCCACGGCCUUCAUUAGCUCCACCCCCACCGGCGGCAGCGCGAGUGCCCGCACGCCCCGCCUGCGCGUGUCGUUCGCGCCGUUGCGCGCGGAUGACGAGAGCGAUGACAGGCGUGCGGAGGUUGCGGCGGAGGGCGAAUCGGGAAGAGGCGGAAGGCGGAGAAACGCAGCGGCAGGGGCGGAAGGGGGGGAGACACUGAGUGUUUCGGGCGCAGUGGCUGGCGAGGGGGGUCGAGUCUGGGAAAACGGAGGAUGCGGGGAAAGGGCAGGCGAGAGUGCGGAAUCGACGGGAAACGGGUACGAAUCGCUGGGGGCGGAGGCCGACGGGCGCACGGAGGGAGGACCGCGCGGAACAGCGGAGCAACCGCCAGGCCCGCAAGCCAAAUCCGCGCAGCCCGCCGGAUCGUCGCGGCAGGGUAAUAAGGGGGCCCCUCGGGCGGUAGUGGGGGAGCGGCGCAAGGGGCGGCGGUUCGAGCACAUGGUGGUGACCAUUCCGGAUCGGGAAGAUUGCCCCGCUUCCUCCGGCGCUCGGUCGGCGACCGGCGGAAAGAGAACCGCGGAAGGCAGGGUGGACGGCGAAUCGGGCGGGACUGCUGGUAAGGAGCGCGGAACGAGGGACGCUUUUGGAUCGGGGAGAGGAAUUGGAGGAGGAGGAGGGGGAUGGAGGGGAGGGCGGGGAGGAGGAGAGAGGCCACCCAGCGAGGAGAGAGGUCUAGGGUCGUUCUCGUUUAACGCGGGUGACGAUCGCGACGAGCCUAGCCUCGAGCGCAACAUUACGUGGACCGCGGGGGGCGGCAGCAGCAGAGCCGGGGGGAAGGGCGGCAAGAGCGCGCACGGGGAGAGCUCGUUCGCGCAGAGGGCAGCGGUGACGAGGAGGGACGAGUGGGGAUCGGAGGGACGGCGGGGGCAAGAAAGCGGCGCGGAGUGGCAGGUGAGCGACGAGAGGAGCCGCAGCGGGAGAAUGGUGUCAGAACCGCAGCUGAAUAAGACCAGGACGCUCUCCGGACCGCUCACCGUAUCGCGCCGGGCAUUGGCGGCGAGCGCUCCUAGAGGCGCGGGGGAAGGCAGGAGCCGCGCCGUGCCUGUAGCCCCCACCCCCCGUUCCGCCGCCAAAGGCCUCCCCACCCCACGGGCGCGGCAAGACGUGAGUCCGCCAUGGGCGCUGAACAACGCGCACGCCUCGCGCUCUUUCACUGACCGCCCCGGACCUAGCCCCGCGCGCGGGUGCGCUUCCCCGCGCUCCCGCUCGUUCAAGGAUUUGCCUGGAAGAGGCGCGCCUCCCGCCAUUCCCCCGUCCCCGCGCGCCCCUAAAGGGGGAGGGACGGGUGCGUCCAGCAACGCGUUGUCCCCGCGGUCGCCCCCCGCUUGGUCUUCCGCCUCCGCUGCGCCUGCGCCGCGUGAUGCGCCUCUUGCUGCCAUGACGCCCCGCUCCGCGCGAGCGGGCGGAGGAGGGGGCCCUGCGGGCAAUGGGGGGGGGAGCGCGGGGUCGCGGAAGCAGCAGAGGGGGGCGGAGGAGAGGGAGAGGCGGAGGGACGAGAAGGAGGAGCAGAAGAUGGCGCAGGCAAUGCGGAUCAUGGAGAAGCUGCGGAGUGAGGCGCGGGGGGGGGAGGGGGAGAAGGAGGGGGAAGAGGGGAGGGAGGAGUUUGAGGCGGAGGAGGAUGAGGGGGAGGAAUGGGAGCCAUUCCACUCUCGGCCCCCUGCACUCGCCUCUAACCCACCCGCUCCUCCGCACUUCCCACAGCAGCCCCAGCAGCAGCUGCAGCCGUGCCCACGCUGGCAGCAGCCCCAUGCGGUGCAGCAGGCGAGAGGCAGCGGCGGUGGGCGAGCGGGGGAGAGGGAUGGAGGCGCGGCGGGAAAGGCAGCAACGUACAGCGGGCCUUCCCGGGAGCAGAGGCCGCUGAGGCGAGCCCAGUCGUACGAGACAGGGUACCGGGCUGUCACUGAUGGCAUGGGGCGGAGGACGAGGACCGUAGGCAGAGGCGAUGGUGGCACCGUGAGAGGCGGAGGAGGGGGCGCAGGAGGUGGAGGGGCGGCUGCGCUGGUGUCGCCGAAUAGUGAUGGGGUGAUGUAUGACCGGGUGCAGGGGCGGGCGUGUGGGUAUGUCCCUGAGCAGAGCCGGUUCCCGUUGCCUCAUGGGUUGCCCGAUGGGAGGGGUGAGGUAGGGGGCAUGGGGUGGGGCAGCAUGCAGAUGCCGGGACAGGGGGCUGGCGCAGCAGGCUGGAGCGGUGGCGUGAAUGAGCAGCAGGGAGGAGAAGGGGUCUCAUGGGGGUAUGGUGAUGAGGGAGGGGUGCAGGGGGAUGAGGACGAGAAGGGGAGGGAGUGGGAGGUGAUGUCGGAUGGGAGGGAGUGGGAGGUGGUGGAAGUUGGAGGAGGGAACGUGGGGAGUGGGGGAAGAGGUGGCAGAGGUGGUGACAUGCAUGGGGGCAGUGGUGGCAUGUACAAGGGUGAGAAUGGGCAGGGCCGGAGAACAGGCAGCAACAGGAAUCGCAGCGGCACAGACUGGUGCUACAUGGCUCAGGUUACAGUACCUCUGCAGGCAGGGAGUGGGGAGCAGAGGUGGGAUGGGGAGGAGGCGGGGGAGCAGGAAGGGUCAGAGCUGUAUUCUGAUGGUGAUGAGGGCAAUGGUGAUCUAUAUUGUGAGGCCAAGGAGGAGUGGAGGGGUGACGGGGAGGAGGACGGGUCAGGUGAGUGGUUUGUAGAGGAUGACGAUGUUGCUGUUGCUCGGGCGGUAACCACGCCUGUGGAUGGCCAGGGGCAACAGAGAUGGGGUGGCGGGGGAGAUGGAGCAUGGGAGGGCAGGAAUGGAAGGUACGGCGAGGAGGAUGAGGAAUAG